CUGUCAAACCACAUUCUCUCGCGCAGCCGUCGUCAACACAGCUGAGGAAGUAUCAAGAAGCUAACCUGGCUAACGAAAACUAACCGCUACGGCCAAUGCAGCGGUUACUGUUUGUAUUAAGUUAACUGAAGGUUGUGUUUGUCUUUUACCGACAAAGUGAUUGACUGCCUUUGUUCAAGUUUCAGCCAGCAUGGAGUGAGAGGGAACAAUGUUUGGGAGCAGAAGUCGUUGCUUGCUAACUUCUAAGCUAGCAGGCUAACAACCAGCUGUUGUUUUGGUCGGAAAGCUAGGUGGCUAACAAGCCAAACUGCAUAGCAUUAAAAAAGUGUGCGAUACCAGGCGUACCAGACAAGAUUUCCUCAUUGCCUGUCGAAACACGGAACUGCUCAGUCGGUUAAUGGCGAUACAUAAAGGCGUACCAUCCUGACAGAUUUAUCAGCGGUCAGUCGGUCAGCUGUUGCCCAGCAGGCGUCAACUCCGUGUGGGAUUGAUCCAUCAGUGCCGUCUGUAAUUGAAUCAGCAAUAUUACUUCAAGAUGCAUGACGCAUAUGAAUCAGUGCCUAUUUUGGAAAAGCUUCCCCUUCAAAUUGACUGUCUUGCUGCCUGGGAGGACUGGCUACUUGUGGGAACAAAGCCAGGACAUCUUCUUCUCUACCGAAUAAAGAAGGAUGCAGGCACCAACCGGUUUGAGGUAACACUGGAAAAAUCCAAUAAGAACUUCUCCAAGAAGAUUCAGCAGCUCUACGUUGUCUCACAGUACAAAAUACUUGUCAGUCUUCUUGAAAACAACAUCCACGUCCAUGACCUCCUGACCUUCCAGCAGAUCACUGUGUUGUCCAAAGCCAAAGGAGCCACGCUCUUCGCCUGUGACUUGCAGCUAACCAGCUCUGGAGAGGAAAGGUUGAGAAUGUGUGUUGCUGUAAAAAAGAAACUCCAGCUGUAUUACUGGAAAGAUAGAGAGUUCCACGAACUGCAGGGGGACUUCGGUGCUCCAGAUAUUCCAAAGUCCAUGGCUUGGUGUGAAAACUCCAUAUGUGUUGGUUUCAAAAGAGACUAUUACCUCAUUCGGAUGGAUGGCCGUGGCUCCAUCAAGGAGCUCUUCCCCACUGGGAAACAGUUGGAGCCUCUGGUUGCCCCACUUGCUGAUGGGAAGGUGGCGGUUGGUCAGGAUGACCUAACUGUAGUUCUGAAUGAAGAGGGCGUUUGCACUCAGAAGUGUGCCCUGAAUUGGACAGACAUCCCUAUAGCAAUGGAGCACCAGCCUCCAUACAUCAUAGCUGUUCUUCCUCGGUACGUGGAGAUCCGGACCUUCGAGCCAAGGCUGCUGGUGCAGAGUGUGGAGCUCCAGAGACCUCGCUUCAUCACUUCAGCAGGGGCAAAUAUUGUGUACGUUGCCAGCAACCACUUUGUGUGGCGCCUUGUGCCCGUGUCAAUAGCCAGCCAGAUCCGACAGCUUCUUCAGGACAAGCAGUUUGAACUGGCUCUUCAGCUUGCGAAGAUGAAGGAUGAUUCAGAUGGUGAUAAGAAGCAGCAGAUACAUCACAUCCAGAAUCUCUAUGCCUUCAAUCUGUUUUGCCAGAAGAGAUUUGAUGACUCCAUGCAGGUGUUUGCCAAACUCGGCACAGAUCCCACCCAUGUGAUUGGGCUGUACCCAGACCUGCUUCCAGCAGACUACCGCAAACAGCUGCACUAUCCCAACCCUCUGCCUACUCUGUCCGGGGCAGAGCUGGAGAAGGCUCAUCUUGCUCUCAUCGAUUACCUCACCCAGAAACGCAGCCACCUUGUGAAACAGCUGAAUGACUCUGACCCUUCUACAACAUCUCCACUCAUGGAGGGCACGCCCACUAUUAAAAGCCGCAAAAAACUCCUGCAGAUCAUUGAUACCACCCUGCUGAAAUGUUACCUACAUACCAACGUGGCCCUGGUGUCCCCCCUCCUUCGUCUGGAGAACAACCAUUGCCACAUCGAGGAGAGCGAGUACGUCCUGAAAAAGGCCCAUAAGUACAGCGAGCUCAUUAUCCUCUAUGAGAAGAAGGGCCUGCACCAGAAAGCUCUGCAGGUGCUGCUGGAACAGUCUACCAAGGCCAACUCUCCACUAAAGGGCCACGAGCGAACAGUGCAGUACCUCCAAAGACUGGGAGUCGAGAAUUUGGGAAUAAUCUUUGAGUUUUCUCCCUGGGUGUUGAAGAUCUGUUCUGAGGAUGGCCUGAAGAUUUUCACAGAGGACCUGACAGAAGUGGAAACUUUGCCCAGAGACAAGGUGCUGAACUUCCUGAAGGAGGGCUUUAAGGAGCUUGCCAUCCCAUAUUUGGAGCACAUUAUCUAUGUGUGGGACGAUAAAGGCCCGGAGUUUCACAAUGUGCUGAUCCAGCUCUACCUGGAGAGGGUUCAAGGCCUCAUGAAGCAGUACCUCAACUCACUGCCAGAAGGAGUUCCAGCUGUUGCUGCGGGGAAGGAGGAAGGUGAUCUGGGAGAGUUCAGGAACAAGCUGCUGUCUUUCCUGGAUAUUUCUACCAGCUAUGAGCCAGCCAGACUCAUCAGUGACUUCCCCUUUGAUGGCCUGCUGGAGGAACGGGCUCUGCUUCUGGGUCGCAUGGGUAAACACGAGCAGGCGCUCUUCAUCUAUGUGCACAUCCUGAAAGACACUCGCAUGGCUGAAGAAUACUGUCACCGGCAUUACGACAGUUUAGUUGAAGGGAAUAAAGAUGUUUAUCUGUCUCUGCUGCGAAUGUACCUGUCACCUCCUGACGUCCACUGCCUGGGGCCCAUCACGAUGGAGCUGUCGGAGCCUCAAGCCAACCUCCAGGCGGCCCUGCACGUCCUGGAACUGCACCACAGUAAACUCAACACCACCAAGGCCAUGAAUCUGCUCCCAGCAAACACCCAGAUCCGAGAGAUCCGGGUUUUCCUGGAGAGCGUGCUGGAGGAGAAGGCGCAGAGGAAACGUUGCAACCAGGUGCUGAAGAGUCUGCUGCAGGCUGAGUUCCUGAGGGUGCAGGAGGAGCGCAUUUUCCACCAGCAGGUUAAAUGUGUCAUUACAGAGGAGAAGACCUGCAGAGUCUGCAAGAAGAAAAUAGGAAACAGUGCAUUUGCCAGGUAUCCCAACGGCGUGGUGGUGCAUUAUUUCUGCUGCAAAGACCGCAACGUGUGUCCCACUGAGCAGUAAUGACUCCACCUGACAAUGACAUGACUGUUUACUAAUAAAUAACCCGCCCCACCCCACGGAUUUCAGUGCAUGGACAUCCUUGAACUGGAAAUGCAUCAGAAGGUUGGAAGUGAGUUGAGUUAAUUGCCAGGCUGUGGAAUUGGAUGCUUGUAUCCAAAGGACCUUACAGAACAAGUGCAGACAUUUUUUAACCUUAGUUACCUUGAGCACAAUUGUUGUCUUGCUCUACCCGCUGAGCAGAAUAGGACAUCCUCCUGAAAGCAAAGGCUUGCGACUUUCUUUCUCUUUGUGCAUGAAGUAUCAGGAGGAAUGUCCGGGGUCGCUCAACAGGAGGGGGAGAAAUAAAGAGAAAGAGGGAUGUAGACUCUGAAAUUUGAAAAGCAUGCAUCACUGUAACGCUAGAAGGAAUUCACAGCCCUACAUGUCGCCUCGGAAGAAAAUGGGCGCUAUUGACAGACGCCCAGAGGAAGUGGAGCUGUAACAACAGAAGUUAGUUCUCACCAGGAGAUGAUUACAAGCUUUAUGAUUUUAUCUUUUCUCUCUCUACCUGUCUCCCACCCCUCCUGUCACACUGUGUAGGCCUCAAACACUGCUUGUUAUGCCAUAUACACUGCAGGAGUACUGUUAAAUGCCUUUUGUGACUCUGAAGAUUGUACUUACAGUAUAGUCAGAUGUCUGUCUUUUUGUUAGCAUGUGCUGGUACUGACUAAGCAAAACAGCAUUCGUCUUACUGUGUGUUUGACGUUUUCGUAUUUUAUUUAAACAUUUGAUGCGGCUUCUCUAACUAACAGUAUUCAUUGCUAUGUUCUUUUCCUUAUUUACUGUCUUUAUACUUUGUGAAUGUUUGCUACCGCACACCAUCCUCUCUAUAAUGCAUUUUUUUUAAGUCAUCUGUCUUCUUUGUAUUCAUUUUUUGUUUCUUAUUUUAAAAGUUAAUGAAGUGGAACUCAUUUAAAGUGAGACUUUGCAGCUUUUGAGUUGAGAUUCUUUGCAAGUUUGCUGACAUUAGCUACCAUUAGCCACCAUAAGCAACUGGUCAUACCAGACCAAGUAAUGUCUUCUUCUUCUUCAAAAGUUAUAUAGUCUCGCUCUAAGACAGAUCACAAAAAUACAGCACUUUAAAAGUGGAUAGAUGUCCUGUUUAUUUAUUGUGAAAUCACACAUCUGCGUGAUAAGAACUGGAACUAAUGUCAAUUACUUGAACGGAUUGAUUGAUCUGUGCAUUUUAAUAGCAAUAUUGUUAUGAAAUGUGUCUGUGUACGGUCCACAUGGGAGGUAAUUCAAGAAGCAGUACUCCCCAGUUAAUUGAAAAUGAAAUAACAAAUGGAUGUUUAUUUUGAAUGAGUUCAGAUCCACAAUGUUAUUGCUCAGUUGACUUAAAUUACUUGUCUUUUGAACCACAAAGUCUAGGUUUGAAUUUUUAAAUGAACUUUACCAUAAGUUGUCACAUUACCUACAUCUCCGGCCCCUUUAAAUACCCGCUCCUUCUCCUCCUCCCCUUCUGCUCUUAAAGGUUUGCACACAUUCUCUGCUAAGACUGUUUCUGAUGUUUGUUUUUAGUGGGAGCAUUUGUACCGGGGUGUGUGUGUGUGUGUGUGUGUGUGUGUAUACUGUAUAAAGAGUGUUAAUGACUAAUUUCAAAUUGAAGUUAUUUGAUUCUGAGCAGCGACCCAUCUGUCUGUCUGGCUUUAAUCAUUAAUAAACAAGGAUUUCCACUCA